AUUUUUCUCCAACCUCUCUUUCUAUAUAUCUAUAAAAAGCCCCACCACCUUCUCUCGUGUAGUAAUCCAAACAUACAUCUUUCUUCUCAACUCAUCUCAUCUCUCUCUUUCUCUAAAACACCUUUUAUUCCCUCCACCUCUCUCUCUCUCUUAAGUUUGAUCUAUCCUUCAAUACCUUUAUUUCCAUCCAUCAAUCAGUUUCUCCGAUUAGAGUAAAAUCAUUAAUCUUGAUGGAUCAUCAACAUGUUAAAGUCGGUUUGAGCCGUGGAGUUGCUAAUAAGAAUGAAGAAGACAUGGACCUCCGACGAGGUCCAUGGACCGACGAAGAAGACUUCACCCUCAUGAAUUACAUAGCUCAUCAUGGUGAAGGUCGCUGGAAUUCUCUCGCCCGUUGUGCUGGUCUAAAGCGAACGGGAAAAAGUUGCAGAUUGAGAUGGUUGAAUUAUCUUCGCCCCGAUGUACGACGCGGAAAUAUCACUCUUGAAGAACAACUUUUAAUUCUCGAACUACAUUCUCGUUGGGGCAAUCGGUGGUCAAAAAUUGCUCAACAUUUGCCAGGAAGAACUGAUAACGAGAUCAAGAAUUACUGGAGAACGCGAGUGCAAAAACAUGCUAAACAACUUAAAUGUGACGUGAACAGCAAACAAUUUAAGGAUACCAUGCGUUAUCUAUGGAUGCCAAGGCUAGUAGAGAGAAUUCAAGCAGCAGCAGGGGCAUCUACCUCCACCGGUACAACCUCCGAAGUUGUUCAUCAUCAUCAGACAAUUCAUCCAAACAUGGUGCAAAUUGAUCACAACAAUAAAAACACAGGUGUUACAAAUUCAAACACGGGAACAGCUUCAUCAGAAAACUCAUUUGGGACGCCUGUUUCUGACCUCACUGAUUGUUGCUACAAUUAUCCCCAAGUUAGGAAUCAGCAACAAGAUUGUUUUCAAGUUAAUCAAAGUAUAAGUAGUCAACUUGGAGAAUCUUUAAUCAGCCCCACGGGUUACUUUCACCAUGCUUUAGAAUUCCAAGGCGCUGCAUCUAUGGAUCAUCAACAAAACACCACUCAAUGGGUGGACGGUGGAAGUUUCUCUGAUAAUUUGUGGAAUAUUGAGGACAUGUGGUUUUUACAGCAGCAACUCAACAGCAACAACAAUGUCGUCUGAAUAUUUAUAAGACCAAGCUGUAUGACAAAUAAACAUAAUAUCAUCCAUCACGUGUAGAAAAAUAUAUAUUAUAGAGGUGGCAAAUUAUCAUAGAAGAAUUGUGGAUGUAUCAAUAUUUCAUCCUUAUGUAGGACACACACAUGUAGCUUCCGGGGAGAGAGACAUGCAGGAUUAAUUUGGGGAUUUUACAGUUUAAGAUUAUUUCUUUCUCUAUUUUAGUUUUUUUUUGUUUUCUUCCAUGGAUUGAGUUGGGUUAAAGGGAUUGAUUUGCAACAUCUUUAUUUUUAAUUAUUUGUAACAUCUACUUCUUUGAAUUAUAUUCUUUUCAUUUUAACAGUCUUCUAUAUUCUGUUUGUAGCGUGCACGAUAGAAAAUAAUAUAAAAUAAGAAAUUUUAUUA